GGGAGAGGGAUGUUACUCUUUCCUGGGGAUGCUGAGAGCACUGCGGAGUUGAGCUGCAACGCCGUUCCGAGGGAAAGAAUUGCCGUGAGCUAUGGACGACGAACAGUUCCGAGCAGCAGGCCACCAGCUUGUGGACUUCGCCGUCAGUUACUGGCAAGGAAUCCGGAACCGGCCAGUACUCCCAGAUGUCACGCCGGGCUUCAUGGCAAGCCUAUUACCGGCUGAACCACCGACCCAUCCGGAGAAAUGGCAGGACAUAUUCGACGACAUAGAAAGGGUCAUAAUGCCUGGUAUGACUCACUGGCAGUCUCCAAAUUUCUUCGCUUACUUCCCAACUGGCCAGAGCCCUCCGUCCAUCUUGGCGGACAUACUCAGCUCUACCCUCGCUACUGUUGGCUUCUCCUGGGUGGCAAGUCCGGCGAGUACUGAACUGGAGAUGGUAGUCGUGGACUGGUUAGGAAAAGCAAUUCAGCUGCCUGACCAGUUCCUCUUUUCGACGCCCGGCAUCAGGGGCGGAGGUGUGAUCCAGAGUACUGCAAGCGAAUGCACUCUCACAGCUGUACUGGCUGCUAAGACGAAAAUGACAUCACGUGUAAUAGAGAGGAACCCAUCGCUGACCCCCAGUCAGGUGUGGGACAAGCUUGUCGUGUAUGCAUCAUCCCAGGCACACUCGUCUGUCGAGCGAGCAGCCCUACUGGCAUCUGUGCGCUUCCAUGUUCUAAACACUGACGACAACUUGAGCGUACGUGGAUCUGCACUACGUGAAGUUAUACGAGAAGACAGAGAAAUGGGAUACAUCCCAAUGGCCAUGGUGGCGACACUGGGAACCACCAGUUCUUGCGCUUUCGACAACCUGCGAGAGAUUGGUCCAGUUUGUGAAACUGAAGGAAUUUGGCUGCACGUGGAUGCUGCUUAUGCUGGGUCAGCCUUCAUAUGUCCUGAGUUCAGGCAUUACAUGGAUGGAGUAGAGCUCGUUUCGUCAUUCGGUCUCAACCCACACAAAUGGUUGCUUGUUAAUGUAGACUGCUCAGUUAUGUGGUUUCGAGACAGAACUGACAUUGAGGAAGCGUUCAAAGUGAAUCCUCUCUACUUGAAGCACGAGAACCAAGGAGGGAAGGUGCCCGACUACCGUCACUGGACCAUCCCACUGGGACGCAGAUUCCGGUCUUUAAAAUUAUGGUUUGUGUUCCGAUGCUAUGGAAUCAUUGGCUUGCAGAACUUCAUACGACAGCAAGUGGAACUUGCAAAGGAGUUCGAGAGGUACGUCAAGCAAGACAGUCGUUUCGAGGUUGUAUUUCCUGUGGUUAUGGGGCUCGUAUGCUUCCGAUAUAAGGGAUCAAACAGAGAAAACGAAGCUCUUCUGCAGAUUCUCCAAGAGCGGAGGAACAUAUACCUGACGCCGACAAAACUUCGGGGGACAUUUGUGCUGAGGUUCGCAAUCUGCAGUAGAAUGACCAAUAGCUCAGACGUUUUCAACGCUUGGAAUGAAAUCUGUGAUGCCUUCGAGAUACUCAAGUCAACAAAACCAGCUAUUUUUCGCAAGAACCAUUACAAAAGAGAAGAGAGUGUAGACACUGGACCACAUGGCUUGGUGAAAAGAAUGCCUCUCCAGGGAGAAACUAGCCAUUACAUAAACAACAGGUCGUACAAAAGCAGACUGACAGAAAAGUACUACCAACUAAAGGAGUGGAUGUUCAAGAAUUAGCGGAGCCACACGGAACCUCAAGCACUAAUAACCAUGAAGCACUACCAUCAAAUCGAAAGACAAGGAAAAAUGUGCCAACAAAUGCGCGCAAAGUGGCUGCAAUAUGCUUGCAAUUUCCCUUGUUCCUUGACGUAAACCAACCUUGUGUCAAACUCGAGCGAAUAAAACAAUGAAACGCCAGUAAA